AACUGUUAUUGAUGAGCGACACACUUAAUUCGUUGGCGUUGCGUGUUCGCGGCCUCGUUUUUGACUUCAUAAAUUUUUAUCGAGUUUGGAAUAUGAUUUUAUAUACUUUUGUUUUCUUUUAGUUCAGCGGUAGAUUUAUUUUCAUAUUAAAUGUGUGCAAUAUAUCAUCAGUGCUUAUUUGCAAGAAGUGUAUGCAAAGGCGGGCAGAACGAGAUCCUUUAAACCAUAUGGCCAGGAUCAGCAUAAGAUGCCCAGGUACAUCAUCAAAAUGGAGUUGCUUUGCUCAGAUGAAUGGAUGCACCUCCAAGAUAUUACUGGCAUUAGUACCAUGUGUGUGUGUCAUCAUAAUCAUCAUAACUGUUAUACAAAACUACAGCAUUCAGAGGCAUGAGAGAGCAUUACUAAACCAUGCACCUCCCAGGCCAAGAACUGACCACUAUACCGCCGUUACUAAUGUUCAAGAUAACAGUUUACAUUAUGGGGUGGUUUUUGACUGUGGAAGCAGUGGGUCCAGGGUGUAUGUAUAUGUGUGGCCACAACAUUCGGGGAAUCCAAGGGAACUGCUCAAAAUAAAUCCUAUGGUGGAUGAGGACAAGAAGCCUGUGUCAAAGAAAAUUACGCCAGGUCUGUCAACAUUUGGUAAGACCCCUUCUAAAGCUAGUGAAUACCUACGACCUCUAUUGGAGUAUGCAGCAAAACAUGUGCCAAAAGACAAACACAAAGAAACACCUUUGUAUAUUUUAGCUACAGCUGGAAUGAGAAUGUUACCACAGAGCCAGCAAGAUGCCAUCUUAGAAGCCCUCCGUACGGAUAUCCCAAUAUUUUUCAACUUCCAGUUUGCAGCUGAUCAAAUUGGAGUAAUCUCUGGAAAAGAAGAGGGGGUGUAUGCAUGGAUUGCAAUUAAUUACAUCUUGGGAAGAUUUGAACAUGGGGAAGAUGAUGACCCCCUGAUAGCUGUGGACCCCCCUGGUGCCAAGGCCAGCUCUGGCCCUCAUGUCAGGAAGAGAACAGUAGGCAUGAUGGACAUGGGAGGGGGCUCCAUGCAGAUUGCCUAUGAAGUUCCCAAAUCUGUAAGAUUUGACUCUCCAAAGGAGGAGAUUGCAAAAACCUUGAUCUCAGAGUUUAAUCUAGGAUGUAGAAAGACGGACCUGGAUCACAACUACAGGACGUAUGUCACUACAUUUCUAGGCUAUGGUGCUAAUGCUGCCAGAGACAGAUAUCACAAAGUAAUUGUAGACAUUGCAAAGAGGCGGAAUCUCACCAGUUUUUAUAAAAACUCACCAAUAGCACCCAUUUUGGAUCCCUGCAGACCAUUCGAUUUGUCUGAAACUUACAGUGUAAAUGGGACCUCGUAUCAUUUCCUGGGAACAGGAAACUAUACAGCUUGCAAACCUGCUGUGAUACCAUUACUUAACCUUACGGCUCACUGUGUCAAGGAGCCUUGUUCUAUUAAUGGCAUAUACCAGCCACCAAUUAACUUUUACAACAGUGAGUUCUAUGGUUUCUCUGAGUUUUGGUACUCAUCUGAUGAUGUGUUGAGACUUGGAGGAAAAUACGACUACUAUAGAUUUGAAAAAGCAGCCAAGGACUACUGUGCCUUAUCUUGGAAGAAGAUAUUAGAUUUCAAAAAACAGAACUACUAUCCUAAAGCAGAUGAUGAACGAUUAAGGACCCAGUGUUUCAAGUCGGCAUGGAUGAGUACAACUUUACAUGUGGGCUUCAAGUUUCCAAAGACGUACAAACAUUUCCGCUCAGCUCAAGUAGUUUAUGAUAAAGAUGUGCAGUGGACACUAGGUGCUCUGCUGUUUAGGAUAAGGUAUUUACCACUCAGAGAAGUGGAAAAAGUAUUCUAUCAGCAUUUUCGCCCGCCUUGGGUUGAUCAACCAUUUUACAUGACUUUCCUACCCUGGUUCUGCAUAGCUGUUGUUAUCAUUGCCAUACUUCUGUACUGGGUUCGCCUCAACAGGAUGAGAGGACGACCCUUACCCUCCGAGUCGCAUGCCGAGUACCUACGCAGUAUCCCCAGUAUGGCGUAUUUUAUGACCGAGGAGGAUGAAAUGGAGAUGGGAGUGAAAGUGCUGCCUGCUAUGCCUGAUAGCUGAAUUAAUACCUCUAGGUCAAUACAUACUGAAUAUGUGCAGUGUACACCAAUGCCUAUUACCGAUUUCAAAGCAGGGACAUUUGUCACAAACUUAGUGCAAGUCUGUUUUUAGAUAACUGGUUCUUCACAAGAGUAGUGCACUAUGUCACAAUUCGGUUUACAAAACAUAUGGGGGGGGGGGGG